AUGUGGCUCAUUCAGCAGGCUCUCGAGUAUGGCGCGCCGUUGUUUCUCAUAUCUUCCCCUUUGACGUCGUAUCUGGACCAGAUCCUCAGCAUUCACCGGAGCAGGAGCUCGGCGGGAUUCUCUCUCGAUAUUCCUUUGAUCAUGCUCGUCGCGUCGAUUCUCAAAGUUUUCUACUGGUUCGGCGAAUAUUAUUCAAAGGCUUUGCUGGCCCAGGCAAUCGUGAUGGUAGUGGUGCAAAUCGCUUUGCUCAAGGUGGCUUUGGACAAUCGACCUGCUGUGGGCGCAAGGAAUGGGAUUGAGCAUGCGCCAUUCACUGGUGGCUCUCCCGUUGGUUUCCAGCGGCCCUACGAUUUCUGGCAAUGGAGAAAUACCAAACCGUACUGGCUGUUCCUUGCCUACUUCUUCGCCGCCCUAUUUGUCCUCCAUCUGACUCCUCUUUCCGAGUCCGCGACCUACAUCAGCACUCUUGGUGCGGUUGGACUCGCCGUCGAGGCUGUCCUACCCCUUCCACAGAUCAUCGCAAACCACCGUUCCGGAUCGUGCAAGGGCUUCAGAGUCUCGGUCAUCGCAGCCUGGAUCCUGGGUGACGUGAUGAAGAUGAGCUACUUCUUCUGCAGCCAAGAAACCAUCCCAUGGUCAUUCAAGAUCUGCGGUAUCUUCCAGUGCAUUUGUGACUUGUAUCUGGGCUUCCAAUACUGUCUGUCCGUGGGCCUCAUCCCCCGGACAUUCAUCCCUUCCUCGAGUUGGGCUGCUGGCAGCUCAGUCAACCGGGAAGGUCGUUGGGGUCAAGAGGAGAAGGACAUUCGUAUGACUUGA